CCACUUUCCCCCCCCCCCCCCUUUCCACUUGACAGCCAACGACGCUGACAUUGACGGCGAUUUCGUCAAUUUCAGCUUCCUACCUUCCACCUCCCUCUACCACCACCCCUCACACCCCCUACGCCCUUUUCAUUCACAUUCGCUUCGUACGCUUCGAUUAGCCGUACCCCAAGUUAGCCUCCACGUCUUACUGGUUCUGACGUGAGGCCUUCCUUCGCUCUGGUUAGCGAAACAUCAUUCUGCAAAGAAUCCGCAGGUCUUACUAGCGGUACCCUUCGUAUCUUUCGUUCUCAAUUGAGAACAACUCAGCAGUAGGAAGGACCUAUCGCUAGACGCUGGCAGCAGGGCAAGGACAGUCGCUGAGCCGGACAGUGUCGUAUUUGGUCUUCAUACUGCUGCUUGACUAGGGAAUUGUGCUGGUCACCUUCUUCCCUCCUCUGCAUCCCCUCCUCCGCCCAUCCCUCACCCUCUUCCUCCGCCCAUCUCGUCUCUCAAUGGUUCUCGCACGACUUCCCUCUUUCCUCCGCCAACGCGAUCAUUGGAGCCCAUGCUCCAACUCUUCGCCUCCCGCGGCGUCUCUGUCGCCGGCACAGGCGUAUAGCUCACCCACAAUGGUCAGCAGCCCGAGCGGUCUCAAGGCUGGAUUUGAAUUCGGCUUGUCCAGCCCUACCUUCAGCUGGGGCUCCAUCUUCGGAUUGUCGGGCGGCAAUGAUUUGACUACAUUUGAUGGACUUACCGUUGAGGACCACGUCGGAUCCCCAGCUAGCUCUUCAGGUGGUUCAGCUGCCCAGCUGAUGCCCUUCUCCGACAUGUCCGUCAAGCUCCCGGCUUGGUGUACCGAUGAGGUAGCGGAUCACUCGUCGCCAGAGGCCGAAGAGGUCGCGCCGUCGUCGGCUCUCACACCAUCAAAGAAGCUACGCCGAACUGGUCGUCUCGGAAAGAUGGGCAAAGCAGGGAAAGGUCCCCGCUUCGAGUCGUCCUCCCCAGACAUCGAUGAAGGGUCCGACUUCGCCGCUACCAGAUCGUUCUACGUCGAUCCCUACCUCCACCCAACUCCGGCCAACCGUCCUCUCCGUCAAUACGUCAGUGCGCCUGAACUCUCUGAACACCAACAGCAGCAGAUCAUGGCAGCAGCCGCGGCGUCAGCUCAAACACCCACCCCUAGUGGUCUUGCGAGCUCUUCGUCGAUGGAUGACCUCUUCAUGGAGCUCGGUUGGCCUAGCGCCAGGCAGGAGCAGCACAUGAGCCCGCUCUUGCCUGUUGGUGGUGCAGCAUCGGUUGGCGGUCUGCGACAGCAUGGUUCUGCUUCCCAGGCACAGCAGCCUCGGCAACACGCCCCCCGUUAUCAGUCCUACCAGGAGUCUCGACCGAGCAGCUCUUCUAGCGCUGGUCAGCUUUCUCUGAGUGGUGGUGACGUGGAGAAUCGUGGCUUGCAGAGCCAACAGUUGCAGUCGUCCGGUAGUGGGUUGGGAGAGAUCGACGGAUCGCUCUACCUGCGAAGGCGUAGGCAUAGCAAGGACACCACCGACAUGCCUAACCCUGCUCCCAUUGACACGUCCAACGGACCUCUCUCUGGCAGUUUGCUGCAGAAGAGGUCAUUGCACGCUCUGGACGCUCACUCGGCACCUCUUCUGGGUGCCUCGCAGCGGGAACAGCAGCGCCUCAAUCUCCAGCAGCUACAGCUCCAGUCGUCUGCCCUGCAGAACGGAAAUUCUGAGAGGCUUUCGAACCUCUUCAGCGACUUCCUGCAAGAGAACGACGGCACGCGACAGGGUGGCGCUGGCACUGGUCUGGGAGCGCUCGAGUUGGAUCUGGGUAGCAAUUUCGGGGUAGAGAAUGCGCAGACGGAUCAGUCUAGCUACGGCCAGCACUAUCUGCUCUACAGCGACACUACUCUGCAGUCUGCUUCGGCAGCAAACAACCUGCAGGCACCAUUCGGCUACACUUCUAACUACCCUCCCUCCAGUGCCGCUGGCAGCAGUUCGCCAGCUCAACCUCGACGAAACACACUAACUCGAAGUCGAAAAUCAUCGACGGUCGUCAAAGGAUCUCCCCUGCAGCCUGGUAAGCACGAAUCGCGAACCAUGAGCGCGGGGCAGGUUCUUUGGCCUGGCCAAGGUGCAUCGACUUCGUCUUCUUCUGCCUCGUCGUUGCUUCUGCCACCGACUGCAACUCAGAACAACGCCUACGCUACGCCACGAUCGACACAGCCAGGCAAUGAAGUGUCGAUGCCAAAGGUACCCGUCUUCGUGCCAGCCUUUGCCGACCCUUGGAAUGCCCAAGGCAAUGCGACUCCCUCGACCGCCUCGUCUGGAUCUGUGCCUCCCAGCAGCACCUCCAGCGGUGGUCAAGGGGAAGGAUACGCUCUGCACCGCCCUCUCCUUCCCUACUCUGCCCAGUCUAUGCCCAACGCCUCUCCCAAGCAAGCCAGGAAGAUGAGCUCUGCCCCUAAUAUGCUCCGUCCUGCCAUUGCCAGUGCCCCUCUCCCCGGCGCAACUACCUUCGAGAACAUCACACCCGAUUCGCCACGAAAAAUUGCCGGCACACGUCGCGUGCAGUCCAGCAAAGACCUGCGCGACAAGGCCAAGCGAUCUCCUGAUGCUGCCGCUCCACCCCUUCCGGCCCCCGCAGGUGGAAGCUUCAGUUUCGUCAACUAUGGGAUUGAAGACGCCCAGGAACUCUGCAGUGCCGUGGCCCCUAGUGGAUCUUACAAGAUUCCCCUCAAAGGCUACGGCGGACCCAGUGCCGAUGGUGCUGGCACUACCUCUUCCUCCUCUUCCUCGCAACAACUCCCUGCCACUCCCCCCCGCACCUCCUCCGCCCUCGCCACCCUCGGUCAUAAAGCUCCCUCCGCAGCUCUGAAGAACAAAAUCCGUCCGAGGGUCAAGGUGGACAACUCGAGGUGGAUUCAGGAGACGGGAGAAGAUUCAGAGGGAGAUUCGGAUUCGGAUGAUGGAUUCGAUGAAGAAGAGGAGAGGAGGGGUGGAAAGAGACAUAAAGGCGAGGCGGGAGCGUUGAGCUCGGCUGGUAGGGCCAGGAAGAGGGUGGGCGUGUAAAGGCGGUGCUGGCGCUGAUGAUGACGGCGACGCCGGUUCCUGCAGGUCUCUGCCCCCGUACGGUACGAAGGCGGGCGGUAAGCAGUCGCUGGCGCCAGGCAUGUCAAGCCCUCGGUAGGUAGAUUGCGACGCUCCUUCACGACGGCUACUCGGCCUCCCUGCCCCCUCCCCUCUUCUUUAUUAUACCUCGCUACCUAGACCCUUAAUGCUCUUCCCCUUCCCUCCUCUUCAACCUCUCUCCUAUUAUUCCCUCGUAGUACAACCCCCUUCCCUCUCUCAUCCACAAACACCACAUCCCCGCACCAUUAAUAACCGUGACCACCACAUCUUGUACCCUCCCCACACUCUUGUCUCAUGUGGUCACUCUCCCUCCCUCUCCUCCUCUCUUCUUCUUCCCUCUCCUCUCCUCUCCCAUCCUCUCCUGUGCUUCCU